AUGCAGAAUCGUCCCAGGUUCGAGUUGAAACGGACCCUCAUAGUGUGGAACAGUGCGCUGGCGGCGUUCAGCAUAAUGGGCGCGUGCCGGACCUUGCCAGAAUUCAUCCACGUGCUGCGGAACCACGGCCUGUACCACUCCAUCUGCGUGCCCAGUUUCAUCGAGCAGGACAAGGUGUCCGGUUUCUGGACGACCAUGUUCGUGCUGUCCAAGGUGCCGGAGCUGGGUGACACCGUGUUCAUAGUGCUGCGCAAGAAGCCCCUCAUCUUCCUCCACUGGUACCACCACAUCACGGUGCUGCUCUACACCUGGUUCUCGUUCACCGAGUACACGUCCUCUGCCCGUUGGUUCGUCGUGAUGAACUACUGCGUGCACAGCGUGAUGUACUCCUACUACGCGCUCGUGAGCAUGGGCAAGUACCCGCCCCGGAUGCUCGCCAUGACGAUCACCUUCCUGCAGCUCAGCCAGAUGAUAGUGGGCUGCGCAAUCAACCUGUGGGCCCACAACUACAUGACCACCGCCGCGCCGCACUCGUGCCACAUCAGCCGGAUCAACAUCAAGCUGUCCAUGGCGAUGUACUUCUCGUACUUCGUGCUGUUCGCCCACUUCUUCUACAAGGCGUACCUCUCGCCGCGGCUGGGCAAGAAGGCGAAGGUCGAGCCCGCGCCCGAGGAGCCGCUCGCGCCCAAGUCGCACCACAACGGCUACCCCAGGCAGAGGAACGGCGUCGUCCAC